AGCAUGCACCUGGAGGGCAGCGGCGCGCGGGCCCCGGGCGCGCAGGGGGUGGAGCUCCUGCAGGCGUCUCCGCGCGGGGCCGGCGGCGCAGACGCCUCGAACUCGUGCCUCCGCGACUGGGCUCCUGCAGGCCGGGAGGGCGCCCCGUUCCUCACAAAGGGGAGGUCUCACUCUCCUUUGCUCCAGAUGUCCAGCGCCAGGUCUAAAGAUCCCUGCUUUACUGAAAACACUCCUUUGCUGGGGAGCUCCUUACAGGAGAAAGGGUCACCGCGCAUGCCCGUUUACCAUCCCGAGUUCAUCUCCGAAGAGUCUUGGGAGGACAGCUCUGCCGAUUGGGAGCGAAGAUACCUGCUGAGCAGGGAGGUGUCUGGUCUGUCUGCAUCUGCCUCCUCCGAGAAGGGGGACCUUCUGGACAGCUUGCACAUCCGACUCCGUCUUUCCAAGCUGAGGUGCUGUGUGCGGUGGCUGAAAGUCACGGGCCUGUUUGUCUUUGUGGUGCUGUGCUCCAUUUUGUUCAGCCUGUAUCCGGAUCAAGGAAAGCUCUGGCAGCUGUUGGCCGUGUCACCACUGGAGAACUACUCCGUGAACCUCAGCGGCCGCAUGGACUCCACCCUGCUGCAGGUGGACCUGGCGGGGGCCCUGGUGGCCGGCAGGCCGAGUCGUCCCGGGAGGGAAGAGCACGUCGUGGUGGAGCUGACCCAGGCAGACGCUCCGGGCUCCAGGCGGUGGCGGCCACAGCAGGUCACUCACAAUUGGACGGUGUAUUUAAAUCCGAGGAGAAGUGAGCGCGCGGUGAUGAGCAGGACCUUUGAGGUACUGAGCAGAGAGCCGGUGUCCAUCAGCAUCCGGGCCUCUCUCCAGCAGACCCAGGCUGUGCCUCUCUUGAUGGCUUAUCAGUACCUCCCUGCAAGUGUGGAAGCCCAAGUGACCAUUGCAACGGCCAUCCUCGCGGGCGUCUAUGUGCUGAUCAUAUUUGAGAUCGUGCACAGAACUCUGGCCGCCAUGCUGGGUUCCCUUGCGGCACUGGCAGCGCUGGCCAUGAUUGGCGACAGACCCAGCCUGACCCAUGUGGUGGAGUGGAUUGAUUUUGAGACGCUGGCCCUGCUGUUUGGCAUGAUGAUCUUAGUAGCCAUAUUUUCAGAAACGGGAUUUUUCGAUUAUUGUGCUGUAAAGGCAUACCAGCUCUCCCGGGGACGGGUGUGGGCCAUGAUCAUCAUGCUGUGUCUCAUCGCGGCCGUCUUCUCUGCCUUCCUGGACAACGUCACCACCAUGCUCCUCUUCACACCUGUGACCAUAAGGUUAUGUGAAGUGCUCAACCUGGAUCCAAGACAAGUCCUGAUUGCAGAAGUGAUCUUCACAAACAUUGGAGGAGCUGCCACUGCCAUUGGGGACCCACCAAAUGUCAUUAUUGUUUCCAACCAAGAGCUGAGGAAGAUGGGCCUGGACUUUGCCGGAUUCACUGCACACAUGUUCAUUGGGAUUUGCCUUGUUCUCCUGGUCUCCUUUCCACUCCUCAGGCUCCUUUACUGGAACCGAAAGCUUUAUAACAAGGAACCCAGUGAGAUUGUUGAACUAAAGCACGAGAUUCAUGUCUGGCGCCUGACUGCUCAGCGCAUCAGCCCGGCCAGCCGCGAGGAGACUGCCGUGCGCCGCCUGCUGCUGGGGAAGGUGGUGACACUGGAGCACCUGCUCGCCCGGAGGCUGCGCACCUUCCACAGACAGAUUUCACAGGAGGAUAAAAAUUGGGAGACCAAUAUCCAGGAACUACAAAAAAAGCACAGGAUAUCCGACAAGAUUCUGCUCGCCAAAUGCCUGACAGUGUUGGGAUGUGUUAUCUUCAUGUUUUUCCUCAAUUCGUUUGUCCCUGGCAUUCAUCUCGAUCUUGGAUGGAUUGCUAUUCUGGGUGCCAUCUGGUUGCUAAUUUUAGCUGACAUUCAUGAUUUUGAGAUGAUUCUACACAGAGUGGAAUGGGCAACCCUUCUGUUCUUUGCAGCACUGUUUGUUCUGAUGGAGGCGUUGGCACAUCUCCACUUAAUAGAAUACGUUGGAGAACAAACUGCCUUGCUAAUAAAGAUGGUCCCGGAGGAGCAGCGCCUCACAGCCGCCAUCGUCCUGGUGGUGUGGGUCUCAGCCCUGGCGUCGUCCCUCAUUGACAACAUCCCCUUCACCGCUACCAUGAUUCCCGUGCUCCUGAACCUGAGCCACGACCCUGAGGUCGGCCUGCCCGCAUCGCCGCUCAUGUAUGCCCUGGCCUUUGGCGCCUGCCUGGGAGGUAACGGGACACUGAUUGGCGCGUCGGCAAACGUCGUGUGCGCAGGCAUUGCAGAGCAGCAUGGAUACGGGUUCUCCUUCAUGGAAUUUUUCAGAUUGGGCUUCCCAAUGAUGGUUGUGUCCUGCACCAUUGGGAUGUGUUAUCUCCUUGUGGCUCAUGUGGUGCUGGGAUGGAAUGAAUAGAUAUCCACCUGUCGCUCGAAGACCAAGGGGAAAUUCAUCCAGCACAACCCAUCAGUCAUAAAACUACCCUGACACC